ACUCGGGGACGGAGGAGGUGGCGGCGGUCAGCCAUAUUGUCUCUGAUACAGCAGAAAUCACACACCGGCGACGGAGGGAGGCGAGGACCGCUGGGUUGACCAAACUGAGCUUAUUGGAAAGCAUUUCGGUCGUCGAAUUGAUCAAAGGGGCUAUCCCACCGUGCCCCUGGUGGCCCCUCCCCCCAUCCUCAGAUUAAGUCCCCCCCCCCCCCCAAACCCCUUGCCCUGUUGGGAUCAACCCCCCUCACCCCCUACCUUCCCUCCUCUUCCUCCCUCCUUCCCACCCAUCCUCCCCAUAUUCCAACCGCCCUCUGCUGCAGUAAGGUCUCCCCACCAUCUCUGCCAAGCUGUCGGACAUGUCAGGACCCGUGCCGAGCCGGGCCCGAGUGUACACCGAGGUCAACACUCACCGGCCAAGGGAGUACUGGGACUAUGAGUCCCACGUGGUGGAAUGGGGAAACCAGGAUGAUUUCCAGUUGGUGCGGAAGCUGGGCCGUGGCAAGUACAGUGAAGUCUUUGAGGCUAUCAACAUCACCAAUAAUGAGAAGGUGGUGGUGAAGAUACUGAAGCCCGUGAAGAAAAAGAAAAUCAAGCGUGAGAUCAAGAUUUUGGAGAAUCUACGUGGAGGUCCUAACAUCAUCUCCCUCAUCGAUAUUGUGAAAGACCCUGUAUCUCGGACACCCGCCUUGGUCUUUGAACAUGUUAACAACACAGACUUCAAGCAACUGUACCAGACCCUGACAGACUAUGACAUCCGAUUCUACAUGUACGAGAUCCUCAAGGCUCUAGACUACUGCCACAGCAUGGGAAUCAUGCAUAGAGAUGUGAAGCCUCAUAACGUGAUGAUUGAUCAUGAACACCGCAAGUUACGCCUUAUUGACUGGGGUCUGGCAGAGUUUUACCACCCAGGACAGGAGUACAACGUCAGAGUGGCCUCCCGCUACUUUAAAGGACCAGAGCUGCUGGUGGACUAUCAGAUGUAUGACUACAGUCUUGACAUGUGGAGCUUGGGCUGUAUGCUGGCAAGCAUGAUCUUCAGGAAGGAGCCCUUCUUCCAUGGCCAUGACAACUAUGACCAGUUGGUGAGAAUAGCCAAGGUUUUGGGGACAGAAGACCUCUAUGACUACAUCGACAAAUACAACAUUGAGCUGGAACCUCGCUUCAACGACAUUCUGGGAAGGCAUUCUCGUAAGAGGUGGGAGCGCUUCGUCCACAGUGAGAACCAGCACCUGGUCAGCCCCGAGGCUCUGGAUUUCCUGGACAAGCUGCUGCGCUACGAUCACCAGGCCCGGCUGACUGCCCGCGAGGCCAUGGAUCACCCUUACUUCUUUCCCAUCGUGAAGGAUCAGUCUCGUGUGGCCGGUUCAGCUAACCUGCCCAGUGGGAACACAGCUGUUAGCACAGCCAGCAUGAUCACUGGUAUCUCUGCCUUGCCAGCCUCCACUGCCCUGGGCCCGCUCACUGGCUCGCCAGUCCUGUCUGCUGCCACCAAUGUCCUGAGCACCCCGGUGCCCGCUGCUGCUGGCGCCCCGCAGUGACACCCCCCCCCCCCAACUCCCACCCCCACCCAAAUCCACUCUCAGCCCCCCUCUCUCCCCAAUCUCUCCCACAACCACAACCACUGGGGGGGGAGAAACUAGACAGGUGCCACUCUGCCAGCCCUCUCCACAUCCAACCUAACUCAGUGUGACCGCGCCUCACCACCCUCCUGGCUGGAGGAUGCCGUUGUCUAAGAAAAGAAAGAUGUUCUUUCUGUUCUUUCCAUUCUUUCCUUUUCCUCCUCGAAUGAACGUGUUAACCUGACAUCUGAAAUGAAUGUUCUGUGUAAUUGAAAUAUACAGGUAUUCCCUAUCGUUCUCCCACAAAAGCCGUAGUGAAUACAAAAGGGGUGCGUGUUUGUGUGUGGCGAGUCUGAGAGCGAGUGUGCACGGCUAAUUAGUGUUUUAGUUUGGAUUGUGAAGGCACUGGUCAAUAAGUACAUCAGCAGAAGACAAAAGAAAGAGCUGUUGGCCAUCAGGACCAAAAGGAGCAGAUCCUGUAUAGUUUACUACUGCAGCAUUGUCAAAAACAAAUCAGUUUCCCUCAGAUUGAGUCUAAACACCCUCCAGAUCACAGCAUUUUGGAAGUGUUUGGUGCUGUUCUGUGCUCCAGGUGUAUGUGAACACAAUGACACUUCAACACUUUCUCUGCCUGAGUAGUUUUGUCUUGCCUUUCUUACCAAACCAGAUCACCAGUCUUCUUUUGAUAUGCGACCCCCCCCCCCCCCCCCCCCCCGUCACGUCACCUACCAUUUAUUUGUUUUGUACUGAAAUGUUCUGGACUGCUGGAUAAGGUUCAUUCACCAUCAAGUGGUUUGAUCGACUCUAGUGUUGUACUAUAAUCUCUUAAGAAGCCAGGUAAGGUUCAUUCAGGUUCUCAAAGACAUGGUUUCUCAAACGUGCUGCUUUCCAGUUCCUUGAAUUACUUCAAGUGGCUUUUCUUGAAUUACUUCAAGACAUAACCAAAGUUUACUCAGUCGGUUGGAAGAAGAGACUGACCAAACCGAGUUUUGUUUUAACGGGAGUUACUCAUGGAGCUGCUGUAACGCAGGUUGACUAUGUGGGUUCUAGUGAAUACGAUCACGUGAUAUAAUAAUUCUCUGCAGGUGACUGAAGUGCUGUUAGUUUUGGAGGAAAGUUCAGUUCCGUGAAGUGUAGUGACAUGGGUAAGCUUUGUGACGAGUAAUCCAGAUUAUUGGCUUUCACCAACAUGUUGAGGGAAGUUUUGAAGUUAUAAUGUUGAAUAGCACUUGAAGGGUAGAAUAUUCCCCAGUGUUUUAGUGCCAGAGUUUGAAAGUGUAAGUUUUAGACCCUGCUGUACAUAUGCAUCUUUUUUUUUUUUUUUUUUUUUUCAUUUCAAAACCU